AUGUUUGCUAACAACAUUUAUGUUUGCUCCAUGUCUGCUUUGAAAAUAAGGAAUCAUUAUUUUGGGAAGGAGAUUGGCCAAGAAGACAUUCCCUUUCAUAAAUGA